CGCAUAUACUUGUCCUCAAGCAGAAUUACCGCCUUUUCUUAGUAACAGUAACAUAGUGUCUAUUAAACGUCUUUCGUCUGUACGUAGAUUAACGUUCAGCGACUUCCUCGAGACAUUAUACGUUCCAAUUCCGUCGUAGACGCUCCAAAGAUUCAUCGUACUUCCCCACAGUGCUUUGUAAUUCCCGAUGCGAAGCACGCCGAUUCACGCACGCUCGGUUGUGCAACCAUACCGGGGAAUCGUUAACUGCCUCGGGAAGUUUCCUGGUCGCGUGUACGCUUGGACGUGUACGCUUGAUUGAAAUUUGUUGAUGAUGCAAAUAUAAAUAAUCCUGUUUAAUCUGUGAAAAUGAUCAUUCAUUUUCCAAGAAUGAGCAUAAUUACAAUACUGUAAUAUUAAAAAUAGGUGCAGCCGUGUCGGGUCUACGGUUUGUAAGCCGGCAAUUGAAUAGGUAAUCUGUUUAUUACGAGGAACGUUUCUCGCAACGUCCUGACCUCCAUAAAACUACCUUCUAAAAUUACCUGGGCCAACAUUGGCCCUGUCCAACUAUGUACAGUAUCGCGAUUAUCGAGCUAUCCCGUCGUCAAGCAAACAACCAUUAUCGUAGGGGUAACAAUCGGCAUUCCUACAGUCGCUCGUUCAAGCCAAGCGCGAAAACUGAUAGAGAUGUUCGGAGAAAUGUAUAUUACAAAAGGCUUCAUUGGAAAUUAUUUCAACUGCAUGAGAACUCUAAAUUGAUUCGUUGAAGAGGAACGAGGUAAUGAAGACUGCGAAAUAUGAAGACUCAAAAGUGUUGCACCCACUGCCCGGGGAAACUUGUGGCUCCGAGAAGCGACGAUUUUCACGAGUGUUGCCAGCCGCGUUACGUUUCCGGAAAUUUGAGAAUAUCUUCUAUGAAGAAACACGUGACAGACCACCACGAAAGAAAAGAAACUGCCAAGGACGUCGCAUUACCGUUAUCGGAACGUAGACCAACUUGUUAUGAUCAUUUUGCCAUAGCGAAGAAGCUGCACGCGGAAAAUUUGGAGCAUCAACCGCUUCCGGAUAAGGUGGAUGAUUCAGUUUUUAAGAGACCCGAAGGAUGCUGCUGUGACCUUUCGUCCAAGAAAUGUUGCGACUGUUGUAUGAAGGAAGUGGAAGCUCGUUACGCGAAUCUGAGCAAACGCUGUGAACCGGCACUGGGCUGCAAGGAGCCCAAGUCGAAAAUGGAUCUGGCUAUUUGCUGGGAGACGCCUAUAGAUCCAGUGUAUGAGUCACCCAAACCUGUUCACAUCGACGGUUCCGACGGUGGACUUGCGCCGGCUAUAUUUACUCUCGUCCAACACGAUUCUUUAGCCAAAGCUACCAUCCAUUCUGGAACGGCGAGAAGCAACAACGGAAGAUCGAUUUCCUGUCAAGAUCAGUCGCGGCAAGCGAACGACACACGCGUCGAUGAAAAUAGAGAGGAACAUAAACGAAGUGCAAAGUGUUGCUGCGAUUGCCUUUGCAAAGGUUUGAACGGAGUGAAUAUUUCGAAAAAGAGCGAGAUGAAAGAACAGCCGAGGAGAGCACCGUUCAGGAAAUGCAUUGCGUGCGGGACGAAAAAUAUGGGAGACGAUCCUAGAUUGAUCAAAUCUGCCGUCGGAUUGGCGCUGGGGACAGAAAAGCCUGGGAACAUUCAGGAUAAAGGCGCGAACAAAAUGAUGGUACCAAAACCAAGAACACCAUUUGCUAAAAGAAGCUUUUGCAUCGAUACUUUGGCGCCUCCGUUCAACGUAGUUAACAAGACUAGAGACGCUGAUUUCCCGGAACACUGGAGGCUCAUGUCGGUCUAUCAACAGUCUUAUAAAAAUCCGUACAGGCGAAGAAACUAUCGCUACUGAUUUAAUUUUAGUUUGAACACUUGUAUUUAAAGCACGACAAUUCAGCGGUCCUCGUUUCUGAUAUUAUCUAUAAUUAUCUCAUUCGUUUGCUUUGUAUACUACUUAUGUUGAUAUACUGCGGUGUCUCGUGUAGCAUUUCUUGCGCCGUAUCCAGAAGGAGGCUGUUGCGCAAAUGC